UUAAAGAGAAAUACUAUUAAAAAACUAUUAGUACUAAUAAAAUUCUACACGAUGUGAAACUGUAAUAUUUUAACAGCUCCACCUGAAGAUAGGUUGACUGUCCCAAUUACCUCGAAACCCAAGAAAAAGCGGCACCGCCAGAAGGUAGCAAUCGCAAUAGCAAAUGCCAAAACUGAAACUGAAAGCAGGGAGCAGGCCACCGUGGGUAGGCUUGGCAGCAGCAGUAUGGGUUGAGAUAUCAGCAGGGAACGCCUACAAUUUCCCACUCUAUUCUUCUACUCUCAAAUCAGUCUUGGGAUUCAACCAGCAACAAAUCACAAUCUUGGGAGUGGCAAAUGAUAUUGGAGAGAGUGUUGGAAUACUCCCUGGUAUUGCCUGUAACAAGUUUCCUCCUUGGGCUGUGCUUCUUGUUGGGGUCUUUGCCUGUUUCUUGGGAUAUGGUGUUAUCUGGCUUGCUGUUAGCCAAACCAUCAAUGGUCUGCCUUACUGGGUGUUAUGGAUUGCGCUUGUGGUUGCUUCUAAUAGUAAUGCUUGGUUUGGCACAGCAGUGCUAGUAACUAACAUGAGGAAUUUCCCUCUCAGUAGGGGUACCGUUGCUGGCAUCCUCAAAGGUUAUAUUGGCAUCAGUGCUGCUGUAUAUACCGUAUUAUACAGCUCACUGCUUGAACAGUCUGCUUCAAAACUACUGCUGUUCCUUACUCUUGGCAUUCCAGUGAUAUGUUUGGCCCUGAUGUACUUUAUUCGCCCUUGCACCCCUGGAGACGACACUUCAGGUCAUGUCCAUUUUGUUUUCACCCAAGCUGCUAGCGUCUUGCUUGCUAUCUAUCUUCUCACACUAACAAUAAUAUAUGACACGGUCUCUCUAAGUGAUGCUGUUUCGUAUGUACUACUUGCCAUUGUAUUUAUCUUCUUGCUUUCUCCUCUUGGAAUUCCAAUCAAGAUGACACUUUCUCGAGCAAAUGCAGAGACACUUACACCACUGGCAGGUUCAACAGAGCAUUUGGCUCAGGGAGAAGGUGAUUCAAGUCAAGCAGAUCCUUUGUUGUCACCAUCUUCAUCAGCAUCAAAUCUUGGAAGUUUCUAUGAAAGUGAAUAUGCCUCAGAUAUGGAAACUCUUCUAGCUGUUGGAGAGGGGGCAGUGAAGAAGAAAAGAAGACCCAGGAGGGGGGAGGAGUUCAAGUUUCGUGAAGCUUUUAUCAAGGCUGAUUUCUGGCUUCUUUGGGUUGUAUAUUUUCUUGGAGUUGGUUCUGGUGUUACCGUUCUCAAUAACUUGGCUCAAAUUGGAGUUGCUUUUGGUUUAGAUGAUACAACAAUAUUGCUCUCUCUUUUUAGCUUCUGCAAUUUUGCUGGUCGUCUUGGCUCGGGUGCUCUUUCAGAACACUUUGUCAGGACAAGAACCAUUCCUCGAACAUUGUGGAUGACCUGCACUCUAAUAGUUAUGGUCUUAGCAUUUGUUCUGUAUGCAUUAGCUCUCAGCGGUACUCUCUAUGUUUCAACUGCUCUGCUUGGUGUCUGCUACGGCUUUCAAUAUUCUCUCAUGGUUCCAACUGCAUCUGAACUUUUCGGCUUGAAACAUUUUGGUAUCAUUUAUAACUUCAUGCUGAUGGGCAAUCCUGUAGGUGCACUUCUUUUCUCAGGUCUGCUUGCUGGUUAUGUUUAUGAUGCUGAAGCCGCAAAGCAAGGAAGUUCCACUUGCUUGGGCCCUGAUUGCUUCAGGCUCACCUUCUUGGUUUUAGCCGGCAUCUGUGGUCUAGGCAGCAUCUUGAGCAUAUUUUUAACAAUUAGAAUACGACCAGUUUAUCAGAUGCUAUAUUCUUCUGGUUCAUUUCGUCUUCCUCAAGCUUCAAACCACUGAAAAUUGGAAAUGAUUAUUCCCAGAAUAAAAGUGAUGGCAUGCCUGUUUUAUAUUGGUUUGCUCCAUGAUUUUGCAUUCCUGGCAAUUCCCUGCAUUAGCUAGGUGUUAUCAUAUCUUCAGCAAAUUUUGCUGCACUAUUGAGUCUAUCCCAAGUAGAGUUGUUUGUUGAGCUUAGUGCUCAUAUGUUUGGUAUGACUCUAUCAGUUCAAUCCCUUCCACUGAUCAUAUUCAGAGGGAUUCACAUACUAAAAUCAUUGUAUUAUCCUCCAGGAAUGUUAGUUCCCAUAUA